GAAUUUACAAGUACUAUGCUCAUUUUCUUCUGCUGGUAUUUUCAGUCGGCACUCUUCAAUUUCCACUCCUUUUUGACAGUAGUGCUGUUAGGGAUUUGUACAUGCACUUAUGUGAAGAUGCAUUUUCCUGCACUUCUUGAACAGAGAACUGGGUUUCGAGGUUUCUUUUGGAAGGCUGCUAGAAUAGGUGAACGGUUGAGUCCUUGGGUGGCAGUGGGCUGCUUGACGAUGGGUGUUUCAAUAAUCUUCUUCUGAGAGAACAACUGUUUGUAAUUCAUGAGCGUACACUCUCAGCUGGGCUUAAAUUAGCACUUGAAUCUGUUUUUCAUCAAAUGAUCUGUUCGAUUAAAAGAUGGCACGAAGCUUGAUGUGAGACCAACACUACUUUCUUGAUCAUGAACUGAGUUUUGUCGUGUGGAAUUUUGGAUUGUGACAAUGUUGGACUCUC